UCCGGCAAGCCACGCAGCGUGACCAAAAAAAGAAAAGCAUGUACACCGAGUGUGGUUCCUGGUGAGCCUGAAACGGGCGUGCCCUCAUCACUUUAUGUGAAACACCUGGAGCAGCUGGUAAAUGGGCCGGUCGGCGCCGCUGCUGCCGAGCGCCAGGCUCUGGGCUCAGCAGACUCCUGACAACCGUGAGACGCCGGCUCACGCAGCAAUGAGGAAGCCGAGGCUCAGAGGGGUGAAGUCACCCGUCCAAGCUCACACAGCUGGGCCGUGGAGGAAGCACCUGAGCCUGGGAUUGCAUCUUCCCCGGGGCUGGACUCCCAGUCCCUGUCCCCGCUUCCUUCCCUCCCCCAGCAGAAGCGCCAGACCAGGAGACCCUCUGGCAGGUCCUGCCCGUCUCCAGCCCUUAGGCGGGGUACCGCGCAGGGGCAGCCCCCAGUGCUCAAGAGCGGAGCACGCCGGACAGGGACUGGGCGGGCUUGCUGGAGAAGGGGCGGGGACAAAGUGGGCAAACCAGUCGGGCAGCUGGGCUCCGAGGCCUCUCUCCGGGGCUGCCACAGCAGCUCAGCAGCGGCGGGACAGGGAGCUGGGGCUGCAAGGCUGCUGUCAGGUCUCAGGGAGCCUUCCAGAACGUGGGCUUUUGCUGCUGGCGCCCAAGGGGGCUGGGCACCGAGCCCAGCCUCUCCUCCCCCAUCCAAGCAGGCCCCUGGGCAGCAUGCACCAGCACGACACCGUCCAGUUCACCAAGGGUGCCCUGCCCCCCCGGAUCCCCACCGAGAGCUACUUCUUGGACCCGGAGUUGGGGCGGCAAAAAGGAUGCUGUCACCAGUGGUGUCAUGACCCAGCAGCACCUCGAGCCCACAGGCCCUGCUGGCCAUCCCCUGAGGCGUGCCGGCAGCUGGCCUACCACGGCCACCAAGGGGGUGGCGGUGGCUGUCGCCGGGGCCCCCAGCCCCCCAUCCUGCAGCAGCAGCAGCGAUGGCAGCCCCCACUUCCCAGCCCCCUGCGGCAGCGGCUCUGCCCUGUUCACGGGGCCCGGAAGGGGGCGCCUGCAACCACUGCUGCCCCCGUGCAACCAGCCAGCGCCCCCCAGCCACCCCCCGCACCCACCACCUCACGCACCACGGCAGGCGCCAUGGCCAGCAGCGGCCCAGCCCUGCCCUCCGCAGCCAGCACCCUCCUGGAGCCCAGCAGGCCCACCGACGCUCACCCCCUCCCUGCCUCUGCAGCCUGCGGCUCCUUCACCUUCCACAGCCCUGAUAUCCUGACAGAGGAUGACGUCUACUGCAGCUGCCUGGCCAAGACUCUCUGCCACGUGCCUGUCCCGGUGACCGUGGGUUUCUAUGCCCCCUUUGGCUGCCGCCUGCACAUGAUGCUGGACAAGAUCACGGCACUGAUGCAGCAGGAGGCGACCCAGCGCGAGGCCGAGGAGCUGCAGCACGUGCAGUGGCGGCCGCGGCGGGUGAAGGGCUGGGGCUUCUCGAAGCUGCUGUGGUACCUGGUGUUCCUGCAGCCCAUCAUCACCGAGGUGCACCUGCGGCGCAAGAACGUCAAGUUCCUCUUCAUCCGCUUCAGCGCCUGGCAGUACGCGGGCACCGACAAGCUUUGGGCCGGCCUGGUGACCACGCUGUGCGAGGGCAUCCGCCACCAGUACGGAGCGCUGCCCUUCAGCCUGUACUCGGUGCUGGGCAAGAAGGCGGCCACGACGCAGGGCUUCCGACAGCGCGAGUGGCACUGCCGUUUCCGCGUGUGCCUGGCGCUGCUGCUGCUGCUGGCGGCGCUCAGCCUGGGCGUGGGCCUGCUCUACCUGUCCACGGGCGUCCGCACGCUGGGCCACCGCGACCCCCACGGCAACCUGCUCCGGGCGUUCGGCGGCGCGGCCACCACGCUGUCGGGCUCCGGGAUGCUCAUGGCCGUGUACUCGGUGGGCAAGCACCUGUUCGUGAGCCAGCGCAAGAAGAUCGAGCGGCUGGUGUCGCGCGAGAAGUUCGGUUGCCAGCUGGGCUUCAUGUGCGAGGUGAAGAAGGAGGUGGAGCUGCUCACCGACUUCCUGUGCUUCCUGGAGAUCUACCAGCGGUGCCGGCUGCGCGUCGUGCUCGAGGUCACCGGGCUGGACACGUGUUACCCGGAGCGCGUGGUGGGCGUGCUCAACGCCAUCAACACGCUGCUGUCCGACAGCCACGCACCCUUCAUCUUCAUCCUGGUGGUGGACCCCAGCAUCCUAGCCGCGUGCCUCGAGAACGCCAGCUCCAUGAAGGGCACGGCCGACAACGGCUACCUCUUCCUCAACCGCACCGUCACGCUGCCCUUCUCCGUGCCCACCAUGGGCCGCCGCACCAAGCUGCAGUUCCUGCACGACGCGGUGCAGAGCCGCGACGACCUCCUCUACCGCCAGAUAACCAGCAAGCUGCGGCCGCCGGGCGGGGCCGGGGGCGGGGCUGGGGCCGGGGGCGGCGAGGGCGCGCUGCUCCUGGCGGUGGAGACGCACGCGGGGGCCGAGCGCCCGCAGAGCCGCGUCGACGCCGAGGCGGCGCGCCGCAUCCAGGAGGCGCUCGUCUGCCUGCACGACGAGCGCGACUGCCUCUACGAGUACGUGCCCGACAACGUGGUGUCCAUGCGGCGCAUCGUCAACACCGUGCCCAUCACCGUGCGCCUGCUGCUGCAGCAGCAGCAGCAGCAGCAGGGGCGCUUCGGGGGCCCCUCGCCGCGCCAGGCCGUGGCUUGGGUCGUGCUCGCCAACCAGUGGCCGUGCCGCCUCAGCUGGGUCCUGCAGUGCGUGGAGGACAGGCAGCAGGCCGGGGGCGUGCCCGAGGCCCGCGCGCGCCUCUGGGACGUCUUCUGCGACCACAGCCGCGAGCUGCACACCAUGACCAAGGCGCUGAAGAACGUGCUCGACCUGGACGGCGACCCCGAACUUUUCCAGCGCUUCCUGGGUGCCGACUUCCCCUUCACCGUGGCCGAGGCGCAGAGCCUCCUGAGCUGCACCGUCAACCUGGACCACUCCAUCCGCCGCCGCAUGGGCCUCAUACGGGCGGUCAACGCGCUCAAGCCGUCCAGCCCGCCCAAGUCCCCCACCGGCGACGCCCCCGACGCUGUCAACGGAGCCAACCACGCCUCCGGGGCGGCCCCUGGCAGGCCCCCUGCAGGGCAGGCCCCUGCGCAUGCCCGCGAAGCCCACCACCCCCAGGACCGGGAGCACAGGGGCAAGGCCUGGCCCAUGGCCUGAGUGCCCUUCACUCAGGGGCAAUCCAGCCCGGUGGGCCUUGAAUAGAAGACUCUGGGCGCAGCAGGGGGCAACACUUCCGUCUGCCCAGGUGAGAGUGUAGGGGACCUGACUGGGCCCAAGGCCCGGGGGCCAGUGUCUGGAAUGAGGCCUGUGGUGGCCACAUUCUCCAGGUGAAUCUGUGAGCCAGAGAGAGCUGUUGGCAGUAGCCACCAGGAGGGGGGCAGUGUGUCAGUGCCAGCGUCUGAGAGCCAGGGCAGAGGGACCCGUGAGGAACUCGGGGUUCAAGUGCAAUAAAUGAGGAUGUGAAAGCCCCCAACUGGUCUUCAUGCCCCGGUCUCCCCAGCUCAGUGAGGACUGGGCACCAGGCCUGCCCUGUCCUGCCAAGCCCACUGCAUCCCCAGGGAGUUGGGCAGCCUCAGCUGGCAGCC